UUUAGGGUCUCUGAGGUACUUUUGGGGGGGGUCCCUGCGAGGGGGGGGGGGGUUCCCCACACUGAGGGGGUCCUGGGACCCCUCCCCAAAUGUGCCCCAGGUGGUUCGGCAGGUGCUGGUACAUCCACGAGCUGCUCCGGUACGAGUUCAGCAUCGAGUUCGAGAUCCCGGUGACGUACCCGGGCACUGCCCCCGAAAUCGCCAUCCCCGAGCUGGAUGGGAAAACGGCCAAAAUGUACCGGGGGGGCAAGAUCUGCCUCAGUGACCACUUCAAGCCCCUGUGGGCCAGGAACGUCCCCAAAUUCGGGCUGGCACACCUGAUGGCCCUGGGGCUCGGUCCCUGGCUGGCCGUGGAGAUCCCGGACCUCAUCUCCAAAGGCCUCAUCCAGCACAAGGACAAGUGACCAACGGCGACAUUUCUGUGUCCCCUCCCUUCCCAGCUGCUCGCACCCCUCUCCAAUAAAAUCUGAACCCCGA